AUGAAGCUCUUCUAUGGCUUGAACCCUGCGUUCAUUCGUUCCUUAGCCAACAUCACUGAGCGGAAGAUGAACUUCUUGGGAGAUGUCUUCAAGGAAGAGGGCACCACGGAUCGGACUUUGCGAGUACAAGAGUUUGGCAAAGUUCGAGUUGAGACCAGUCGCCAAGGCAGCGUGGCACUGAGCGACGUGGGAACUGUGCUGGGUGAAAUGAUGUUCCUGGGGAUGCGCACCAUUUCACAGGCCACCUUCCGUGCAGCGACACCCCUCUUGGUGAUGCUGUGGAUCCCACACCAUUCCUUCGAGAACAUUAUCAACGAUGGCUAUCCCUUUGAAGGCGCCUACUUCCGAAGCUUGCAACGGACGGACCACGGCCGGGAGGACAUGAGUCAUUAUGCGCAUGAUUUGAAGCUCUUCCGUGGCUGUGGUCAGAGCUUCUUGAACAGAUUUAUCGUUCAAGUGGGUUUUCAAAACUGA